AUGUCGGGAGCUAUCUUCGCGCCCCUAGAGGGCCCGGGCACCCCGGAUGCCGCGAGCGGCCACCCGCUCGUGUGCCCGCUGUGCCAGGCACAGUACGAGCGCCCGUGCCUGCUGGACUGCUUCCACGACUUCUGCGCCGGCUGCCUGCGCGGCCGGGCCACCGACAGCCGCCUCGCCUGCCCGCUGUGCCAACACCAGACAGUGGUGAUGGGUCCCAGCGGGCUCCCGCCGGUGGACAGACUGCUGCAGUUCCUGGUGGACAGCUCCAGGGAAGGCGUGGAAGUUGUGCGCUGUGCCAACUGCGACCUGGAGUGCAGCAAGCAGGACGCGGAGACCACGUACUUCUGCAACACGUGUGGCCAGCCCCUGUGCGCGCGCUGCCGCGACGAGACGCACCGGGCACGCAUGUUCGCGCGCCACGACAUCGUGGCCCUGGGCCAGCGGAGCCGCGACGUGCUGCAGAAGUGCCCGCUGCACGCUGAGCCCUACAUCCUGUUCUCCACCGACAAGAAGUCGCUGCUGUGCAUCCGCUGCUUCCGGGACCUGCAGGGGUGGGUAGAGGGGGCCAGGGGGCAGGGCUGGGGGCGGGCGGGCGGGGCUGUGGGACCCGCGGCGGCCGUGAAGGCCCUGCAGACGGCCACGCGGGAGGCCAUCGCGCUGCUGCAGGCCAUGGUGGAGGAGGUGCGGCGCAGCGCCGAUGAGGAGGAGGCUGCCAUCCACGCCCUGUUCGGCAGCAUGCAGGACAAACUGGCAGAGAGGAAAGCACUGCUGCUGCAGACUGUGCAGAGCCAAUAUGAAGAGAAAGACAAGGCCUUCAAGGAGCAGCUCUCCCACCUGGCCGCCUUGCUGCCCACCCUGCAGGUCCACCUGGUCAUCUGCUCUUCCUUCCUCAGCUUGGCCAACAAGGCUGAGUUCCUGGACCUGGGCUACGAACUGCUGGAGAGGCUGCAGGGCAUCGUCACGCGGCCUCACCGCCUAAGGCCAGCACAGAGCAGCAAGGUUGCCAGUGACCACCGCACAGAGUUUGCACGCUGCCUGGAACCCCUGCUGCUGUGGGGGCCACGCAGGGUGGCUGCUGCCACAGGUGGCUCCAACACGCUGGCAGGGGGCUCAGGCCCCAAGGUGCUGAUGGGGCCCAGCUGCCCCUCCCCAGAGGGAAAGAUGUCGGGGUCACCAGUCCAAAAGCCCACACUGCACCGGUCCAUCAGCACCAAGGUGCUGCUGGCCGAGGGUGAGGACACACCCUUCACGGAGCACUGCCACCGCUAUGAAGACGCCUACCAGGGCCUACAGGUGGAGAUGCAGAACCUGAAGGACCAAGUACAGGAUUUGCACCGGGACCUCACCAAGCACCACUCGCUCAUCAAGGCUGAGAUCAUGGGAGACAUCCUGCACAAGUCCCUGCAGCUGGACACGCAGAUCGCCACGGAGUAUGCCUCCCUGGAGGGCCUGAGAGCGGUCUUCCAGGAGAUUUGGGAGGAAUCCUAUCAGCGAGUGGCUAACGAGCAGGAGAUUUAUGAAGCCCAGCUCCAUGACCUUCUCCAGCUGAAGCAGGAGAAUGCCUACCUGACCACCAUUACCAGGCAGAUCACGCCCUACGUCCGCUCCAUUGCCAAGGUGAAGGAGAGGCUGGAGCCCAGGUUUCAGGCACCUGUAGAUGAUCAGCCGGAGAAUCCACAGCACAUGUAUGACGACAGCGACAAUGGUGAGACCCUGAAACCCAGGCAAUGGCUCUUCCUCAGAAAUGAGAUUUAUGAGACGGAUGCAUUUCUGGUUCUGAAGACAUGGUCACCUACUGGGGCCUUCCAGAAAGGCCUUCCAUCCCAAAAGCCUUGGCCAGAGUGGAUUUUAGUGCAGGGACACAGCAAGCCAGGGGAGCAGGGCAGGCAAGCUCGGAUGAAACUGACUGUUCCUCUAGGAGCGACCCAGGAAGUGUCACAGAAUAGAGGACAACCUAAAGGAAACAGCCUCUCAGAAGAGCCUGCACUGAAAAAUAAAGAUCAUCACAGACCCAAACGGAAAAGAGGGGGACGGAGAGGCUCCCGAUUUAGCAAAUGAGACCAGCCUCAAGUGGCUGAGAUAUCACAAUACAUACAUCAAAAAUGGACACUUAAGAAAGUGUUUCCAUUAAGGUUCCUUCUUUAGAAGGUAAUUUAAAAUAGUAAAUUUACCAACAGUAAAACCCAGAAACUCUCUGACAUGUCAGAAUUUCCGAUUCCUUGGCUGGGGCUAAAUUUCGCUUUUUCUUGUACUCACAUGGCAUGAAGUCCUGGUCCUUAUCACAGCAGCAUGGGACAACUUCCUGGUCCGUGUGGAAAACAUUCAGUGCAUGAACAUCCAGCCUAAAAUACCUCGCUCGUUCUGCAUCAACGCACUGAGUGUGUGUGUGCUGGGCCCUGUACUAGGAUAGAGCGUGAUCUGUGGUCUGAGUUUUAGGUAACAAGACUCCCCCACUGCGCAGCACCUGCUCCACCUCAAAGGAAUCCAGUUUCUCUGGAAUCACAGCCCCACUGUUAAUCUGGUGCUACUGGAAAGUUCCACCCAGUAAUCUGAGCAGUGACUCACAAAAGGGCAAAGAACCUUCACUCCAGCUUCUCUCCCUGUGGCGAGGGCAGAACUCAUGAAGUCAAGGAAGAGCACAUGGCCAGCCCGAUGGUCACCAUGACAAACUCAUUCCUUUCCCCAACUACUGUCGCUCUCCUGUUCACCUUCUGUUGAUAACAGAGCAUGAUGAAGCAGCACCUUUUUUCUAGUAGUUUUUCCUAGUAGUUUUCCAUUUCUACACAGUACCUUUUUUAUUGAGAGGAGUUUAAUAAAUGCUUUUAAAAAAA